AUGGAAAUCAGAUCUUAUCGUGACGUGCUUUGGCAAUUUAUCAAUCGUCCAAAACCGAAUCCCAGUCAUCAAAUGUAUGAAUGGUUGAGUGUUCCUCCUGAUGCCAGUAAACUAGGACCCUGUCACACUGCUCCGGCUAGUUACAAAGUGAAAUUAGUAUCUUCUACAAAAUGUGUGACACAAACGCAUUAUCCUUCGCCACCGAUUGCUACUUCAUCUGUUGACGAGUUCCUAUUCGAAAAUAGUUUGAACGUUCAAAUCUCACCAACUCGACCAAUGGAUUCCAAAGCCGAACAGCAAAUAUUGACACCUCAAUUGAAUCAGGAUGACUACAAAUCGUUGCAGUGCGCUGUCAACACAACAGAAUUCGUACAAAACCAGGUCAUUGCUCAAUUAUGUGCUUGUCCAGCUCGAUUGAAACCUGCACAAUAUGUAGAAUUCGGAUCAUUUCGAUCAGGACAUCGUCUGCAAUGGUGGAAUCUCUUGACAAUUUUGGAAAUGGAUUCGUUGCCUAUUUCUGAAGAAAGUGUAGCAAUAUUACUUACACAUUCAAUACUUCAAUAUGGUCCAUUGACAACGUCAAGAAGCGCAUCUUCGAAUCCUUAG